AUAAGGUGCUGCUUCCUGAGAAAGCAGACCUGUCUGCUGCAGCAAUUUAUACUUUAUACUUUGUGCAAGCAAAAAUAGCUAUGAUCCUACCACUGGAGGUCUUGUGUGUUUUAGCACUAUCACCUUGGAUUUUUGCAAGUGCUCAGAGUGGAAAAUGUGAAUUUAAACUAGAUGCAAUGUGCUCAACCAGUGGUGCUGCAGUAAAAUGGACCGUCCCCACAGAACAUGAGGUGUACUCAAUCAAUGGCAUUCACUACUCAUGUACCAAUUCCAAUACUAGCACUGUGUGGACUCAUAGAGAUGAUAUCUGUUUCAACAGACGUGGAAAUGAUAAAAUAGUACUACCACAACGAACAGAUUUUUCCGCAAUGACUCACAUAGUUGGGAGGGAGCUUCCCACUGGAACAAUCUGCAUUUUUACAGCAUUUUCAUUCGAUGAAUAUGAAGAUGACCGGUGCGAUGAAACAGCUAACUGCACAGUGGGAGAGUCGUUUACAUUGCCUGCUAGCUGUGAUGUCAGCAACAGCAGCAACGAUAUGAAGAAGAACUGUAGUUGCUCGUGCAGUCCGGGCUUUGAAGGAAAUACUGAAUCAUUUGAUGGAAAUACAUGUGAGGCAAUAAAUGUCACAAUUGAAACGGACGUUACUGUGAGCUUGACAAACUCCAUCACACCUUCUACAUCAAUGCUAGAACUCAGCAUGACAUCAAUACUAGUGGAAACUUAUUCACAGAUAGAGGUGGUGGUGACUCCUACACCUUCAGUGGAAAUGGGAGAUCUAGAGACGCUUUCAUCUGAUCAUGGAAUGACUAUCAAAACUGAGCUAUUUAAAGUGGAGCAUACAAGAUCAACAGGAACUGGAAUGUUGAGUCCAACACCUACUCCUGUAAUGCAAGAUGACAACAGUGCCCAAAGGAGUAAUCUGAUAAUCGCUUUCACACUAUCAGCAGUUCUGAUACUGGUCAUACUUUUAAUUCCUGGGUUGAUGUGGGUGGUCAUUGUCUGCCGGAAUAGCAAGAUAAAAAGAUCGCAUGACAAACUAGCUAUGCCUUUUGAAACUCUAAGGUUUGAGAGGAUUGACCAAGACUUUAAUCCAAUUGACAUUAACAAGAUGAUAUUUGUGAGCGAAUCAAUGCCCAGUUUAUUCCACACAUUUGGUUCAGGAGACCCAAACUUAGAACUGGGAAAAGAAGAAGCUGAUUUUGACUCACAGAGCACCCAAACCGAAAUAAACUCACCGGCAAAAUAUAGAGAGUCCAUUACAAUGAAUGAGACAGAUGAAGAAGAAACAAUUUUGAAAAUUGAGCAACAGAUCAGCUUAGACAGUUCUACUGAUAUGAGUUCGGGGUACGUUACCGACUCAAUAAAGUCUGGUCACCUGUACGAGCAAACAUCAGAAUAUAUCGAAGCCUUAAACUUUGAAAAUGACCAGAAUAGCUUCAACGAAAGACCUGUCAUUGAUGCAAUCAAUCAUUCAUCAUCUACGGUACCAAACAUGGAAGCGAAACCUAGUGAUUACUUGGUAACCAAUACUAAAAGUGUACAUACCACUAUCGCAAUGGACUCUAAAGAAGUAAGCAAGUACCUCUGGAAUGCAAACAUGGAAUUAUUACAACAGCCAGCUGACUACAUACUACCCACCUUUGCCAAGCCACAAGUAUUUUUUAACUUCCCUAAGGAAGUGAUGCAUGAUAAUUAAUUGCUUAUGUCACACCACUUCCAAUCAAUGACCUCAUUCCUCUUAUUCCUUUGAUUUUUAUUGGUAUGUGUUUGUUUGCAAAUACAAUCAAUUUAAUCUCACAAUUUAA